GAGAUCUCUCUUUGCAGGUGACUCCAUCAAGUAAUAAAUCAAAGGAAUAUAAAACACCAAUAAUUUGAGGUAUGCAAUCGUCUGUGCACUCAGGACACGCUGGUUGCAUAGUUUUCUCCUGGGCCAUUUUACUUUGAUACGCAUUAUUUAGUUGUGACAAUGAAUUGUUUAUUUGAAGCCAUGGCGAGUUGGCAAAAACGUAAUAAUUGUGUAUAAUAUUUCAUUUAUCUUAAUAGAAUGCCUUUUUAGUAAUUAAAACUUAUUAACAGUAUGCUGUCUCAUUUAGCAGAUUGGUUUUUGAUAAAAAUCGUGUUCAAAACUAAACUUUCAAUUAAUGAGAGUCAAUUUUUUAAUUCAGACUUAUAUACUGCCCUUGAAAAUCUUUCGGCAUUCCAUUGGAUUACCAGGAGUGUUUAUGUUGGUGAGCAGAUGUGCUGCGUGUUUUGUAAAUCAUUAAAACUGGAGUAAUGGGACGCAAGUUCAGCGAAACGCAGGUGCUAGAUAGUGAAUCGCGCUUAGCCAGCAGGAAAACAACUAUAUAAGCUCUUUAGGCGAACUCACUCUCAAACAAAACGCAAAAUGGUCCUGACAAAACUUUUGACCUCCCUUGCAGUCUUAGCAGCUAUUUCGGCCAGUGUUUCAGGAAGCUUUCACAGAAGAGGCCAGCACGUAAGCCAAAACAGGGACAGAUUGAGUGCUCGACCCGUGCCAUGCACCUGCGGCGUGUUCCUCCAGAGCCAGACUGAUCAGAAGGGAAUCGCACUGCGGACAGACGAGGAGCAAAACGCCAUCUACACCUACCCCAUGGAGGAAACCUUGGACGAGCAUCCCCCACAAGGAAUGAGGGGACGCAGGAUUUGCAUCAGAAAGUGUCUCGAACUGGGGUUGAAACACGUUCAGCAAGGGACAAAGAAGUUGUGCUCCUACUCAAACAGAGACUUUAACCAAGAGAAAAUCCAUCUAUUUAUCAAGAACGGAGAGGACAAGUGGUACCCAACAAAGAUACACUCAGGCAGAGCGUAUACAUGCACUGAUGGAAAACUUGUGUAGAAUUCUAGUCGAUGAAUAAA